CCGGAGCAGUCGCGGGACUUGUUGGGUGCGAUGUUCUGGCGGGAAGAGCAAGGGGGAACGGCUACCGCGCGACUCGCGUCGCUUGCACUCCGCGCUCAGUUUCUCACCCGCGCUCGUUGUGAACGCACGCGCGCUCCGCUCAGUGAACGAAACGUGUAUCCAAUUUAAACUUGUGACAAAACUUAGUGCACGGACGUGAGUCUUAAGUGGAUCUCAGUGCAGUGUCAGUGACGUUCCAUUAUGAAUGUGUGCUUUAUGUGCUGAAACUAAUUACCCUCGUGAGUUUCUGGAAACUUAAGCCGAUGGUCCUCUUGAAUAGUAACAUGAAAAUAAAUGGUUCAAGAUAAUUAGAGUUCAGAAUGACCAUAGACAGAGCUGGCAGACCGCCUGCGCCGCGGCGGGCCUCCUCAACCUACAGAAGCUACGAUGAACUCGGGAUCAUUGACAGAGGAAGACCACUACGAUAUCGCCACGGUGGCAUAGAAGACCUCACAGGCUUGGAGUCUAGAACCUACAGAACAUACAACGCACAGGACUUCGAUGACAUCACUGUAAUCAGCUCCGAAGAGGUCCCAAAACCUAAAAGGAAAACAAUGGAAGGGUUCGCAAACGGUUUCAGAAGAACGUUUUCCGUGCGAAGCAGAAGAGAGGAACCUGAAGGGAUUCCAAUGGACACUUUUAGUACUCAUGAGGAUAAUUUUGCUACAGUCAGAGGUGCGCCUUUCGGAAGGCGUCGCUCUUUGUCACGUGAUAGAGGAAGCUCAUUACUUGCCAGGAGUUCUUCGGAAGGGGAUGUCAGGCCAGUGCCUGCUCGGGCGCCAGCGCCAGCGCCCCGUCUCCACCGCUGUCUCCGCGCACUCGGCGGUAGCUGGAAGAACCUUUUACUACUGGGCGGAAUGUCCCGCGGCGGCGCCGCCGCCGGCAAGACGGCUACGGCGAAGCGCGUCCCGCCGCCCGCCGUGCCCGGCGACGCGUUCAGCCCGCAGCACCGCCACUCGGGGUCCUCCUUCGGCUCGCAGGGCUACGCGUCGUGCGAGGAGCAGCCCUACCCGCAGCCGCCUGACACGCCGUCCCACACACGAGAUGACCACUCCGACUACGGCAGCACUGUGUCCGGGGUUUCCGGCGUCUCGGGCGCCAGUGGGAGCCUGGGCAAGAGCCCCGCGGGCGGGGGCACGUUCACGUUCCCGCCGCCGUCGCAGCCCCUCACGCACAAGGCGGCGGUUUACUACCACCAUCAGCUCGCGCUCAGCGACGACCAGGGGAUCGACAUGACGCAGAGCCCAGGCCGCGACAGUCCCGGUUCUUCCUCAGGCUCGGCCGGCUCCGGAUCCAGGCACUCUUCAGCAUCACUGGACAGCGGGCGCGCGUCAGGCCGCAUGCCACACCACCACCACGCGGCUUGCCACUGUGGAGACACGGCUGACCGAGUUAGGGCUAUGAUCGCUCAGGGGCUACCUGACCCCGACAUCAUCCACGCUUGGCUAGCAGACCUCCAGAUGGAAGAAUACGCGCGUCUCUUCAUCGAAGCCGGCUACGACCUGCCCACGGUCACACGGAUGACUCCUGAGGAUCUCACGGCAGUGGGCAUUAAGAAGCCGAACCACAGGAAGCGGUUAAAGGCAGAGCUCGCUAAUCUGAAUGUGCCGGACAACCUUCCUGAUUAUAUACCGGGCUCAUUAGAAGAGUGGUUGCGGCUGUUGAGGCUGGAGGAGUACGGGCCCGCGCUCGUGGCGCAGGGGUAUCGCACCGUCCAUGACGUCACACAACUCGCGUGGGAGGAUCUAGAAGACAUGGGCAUAGUUCGUCUCGGACACCAAAAGAAAAUCCUCCUGGCGAUCAAAAGAGUAAAAGAUAUUAGAGCGGGAAAAAGAAGCAUCAGCAACCAAGGGUCUUUGGACUUCACCAGAAUACAGCCCAAUCAGGAUUUAUAUCCGAGGGAGCUGCAUUACCAGCCUUGGCAGACACAUGAGCGGAGUUACCAUAAACCUCCCGAUCUUACCUUUGACGCCCUACCGACGCCUCUAUGUGGCACUGAUUUGGUCCCCAUUCAGAUCCGCCACCCGCGCGGGAAAUCUCUAGAGAGUCUCGAGGACCCAUCGGAGCGGUCCUCGCACACGACGUUCUCGCCGGAGGGCUUCUACUACGGCGCGGGGCAGUGGCGCCGCUCGUACGACGACGGCGACAUCACGCCCACCAACGACAGCUACGAGGGCGGCGGCACGCUGCCGCGCCCGCGGGGCCUCGUGCGGCCGCGGCCCGUGGCGAAGAUCGCCGCCACUCCGGCGUACCGAGAGAAGUCCCCCGACUACGCGUACGACGAGCUGGCGUACUCGGCGCGGCUGCAGCGCGUGGCGUACGGCGCGAGCCCGCACGUGGCGCGCAAGCCGCCGCCCGAGCCGCCGAAACGCCAGUCGUCGCAGUACGCGCCGUUCUCGCGCUUCGGGCAGACGACGGUGGAGAUCCACCCGGAGAAGAGCCUGCCGCUGAGCCUGCCGGCGUACCCGAGCUCGGACUCGCUGUCGGUGUCGCUGGACAGCACGGGGCUGCUGCCGCCGCCGCCCGCGCCCGCCAGCCCGCCGCGCCGCUACGACGACGACAAGCUGCGGACCGGCUCCGAUGCUAGCUUUAAGUCGAGUUCGAGUACAGAAUCGGAUAGCAUUCCAUUUGCGAACGAGAACGCGGGAACGAUAAAGCAGAACCGCGGCCAAAUCGCCGGCCGGCCGCACACGGUGGACUACGGCAGAACGGGCAUCGGCCUCACCAACCUCCCGCCACGAAACCCGGACAUCAAGCCGACCACUCCACACACUCUCCCUGAAAAGGACGAGGGAAAAAGCACAGAGCCCGUAGACGUACUCAACGAUAUUGGAAACAUGCUGGCCAACCUCACUGACGAACUAGACGCGAUGCUGGAAGAAGAGAAACGUCAAGGUCUCACCGACUCGUAAAAAAACUUGGAAUAGAGAUGUGUCUAGAAACCGGUAAAUUGUUUUUUGGAUUUACUAAAAAUUAAAUAUCUUUAGUGGGUUUCUAGAUUUUCUUUAUUCGAAACGUUUAAAAAAAGAAUGAAUUGAAUUUUUGUGAAAAUCGAAUUGGUUUUAAAUUUAAUUCCAAAGAUAGUUACUGUCAUGGUCUAUGAAAUAAAUUGGGAUUAUCAUUUUAUGUUUUCACCUGGACGUAAAAAAAAUACAUAGUGUACAUCGGCAAUAAUAUAAGCAAUCAUAUGUAUUAUUUGGAACAGAUACGAAAAUGUAUAUCACCACAAAAUCGCAUCUUGCCAAUAGGUAACUAUAUAAGUAAUCGUGUAAACAAAUCAAUCACACCUGCCUUUAUUGCAAUACAAAUAAUACUUUUCUAUAAAAACAUAAUGUGUUACAAACUGUAAACUGUAAUCUAUUACUUUAUAAAAUACCUUUAACACUGCGAUUUAGUUAAUCAAAAUAGAUUACUCAUAUUAAUUUUCUUUAAGGUAUGUUUGCCGAAAUAUCUUUGUGUAAAUAAAACUCGUAAAAGUGAUUAGUUUCCUCUCCCAAUUUUUAUGUAAAAUUGUGUGUUUAUAUUGUUCUUUAUUAUGUAUUUAAAUUAAUUAACGAUAGUUCCUUGUUUAACAUUUAAAAAUACAUAUAUGUGUUUCGUUUCAUUAAAAAUUAGAUAUAGACGAAUCCAAAAACAGAUGAAAGUGUCUAUUUUUGUAAAUAUUGUUUUACUUAAAUUAUGACAUAAUAGAUACAAAUAUUAUCCAGUAGCUAGAUUUCCAUGUACAAUAAAAUUGUAGAGUACUUGGGUAUGAUGUAGGAUUUAUUAGUUAGAAUUUAUACAAAAUAUUAGCACUAGUUAUAGUGACAUUAGGGGUUAUUAUUAUGACAAAAUGUAUCAUAGACAUUCGUAUAAAAUAGCGAUAGACCUCAUAGUAAUUGUAUAACACAACCUCUGUAUACAUGGACAUGCUCAUUCGCUUUACACUUCCAAGUUAUUUUUUUAAAUCUUUGGCUUUGGCAACACAGUUUCAGCUUUCGAUUUGGUAAUCAAGCUCUAUUGUUAACACAACUCCUAAACAUGUUUCUUACGUUUGUAUACAAAAUUAAAAAUACUACUACCAAAAAAAAUACGAACUUCUGUACUUUGUAACUUCCCAUGUCCACAUAGAACGUGAUAUCUAGCGGCCAUACAAUAAAAUAAAUAGGUAAUCGAAGGUAGUCUUCACAACAAUAGUGAUGCGACAACGGCACCGGUUUAUCGGUUUUUAUGACACUUGUCGCAUCACUGUAGCUGUCGAUAUAGUUAUGUUUAACACUGCCUUACCUAUUAGAUACUCGUGAUACUAACAUCGUGUACGUUUAAAACAAAAUAACUUUCAUACUAAAACGUAGCGCAAUAUGAAGUACGCAUUAAGCUUAACUCUGUAAAUAUCUGUAAUAGAAAUCAGUGUUUCUACAUUUAUAAUUCAGUCUUCUUUAAUAACAGCUCGUAUUUAGAAGUUUUGUAUACCUGCCUAUGAUAAGAUACAAGUGUAACCCUUGUUUAGCCGUCACACUAUUUGUUAAUGUGGCCAGAUAAUAAGAAAUCUUGGAAAAUUAUAACUAAUAACAUAUUUGAUGAUAGAGUGGAACCUCUUAAAUUCUAAACUGCUAUACUUGAUUAUCUGAACCAACUCCAUGUGAUCAUAGACAUUAUAUGUAAUAUUAUGUUGCUAUCUAGAAUUCGUCGAUGCCCUGCGUACAUUUAGUUGCUGUAGAUAAUUGGAUACCUUCUGUACCUUUAUUAUUAUAAGUAUCUUGUCUCUGGUCAUUACGUAAUAUGGUUUCGCUACUGCAAGUGGUUAAUCAAUUUAUAUAUAGAAAGAAAAUACACAAGUCGAAAUGUCUGAUUCCUCUUACAUGUUUUGAGGGACGUUUUCAUUAUGUACCUCUUACAGGCGAUUUUGAGUUUUAGUUAUUCGAUCUCAUUCAAAUAUGAUACAGAUCAGUAUCAGGUCAGUUGGAUUAAUCGUUUUUUUUUUCUCAUUCUUUGGGAAUAUAGUCAUGACGCGCGUGUAGUUUUAUACUGUAAAGGUGCGACCAGACCGAAGCUUAAAAAACGGUCACGAUACGGAAUCGCAGUGACGCGUCGUAUGCGUACCGUUUUUGACGCAUGCUCCCCACACCGCUGCUGUAAAGUCCGAUAUCCGCCUUGCAAUCGAAGUUAAAAACAGAAUUAUUAACUCGGGCGACACAGACAUAUUAAAUAUAUUAAUAACGGGUCACUCACGUACAGUCGAAAAACCUGCGCCGCCGCCGGUCCGCCAACCUUCUGCCUGCCUGCGAGCUCCUGACGAUACUGCUCGGUAAGGAAAGAAACAUCUCGAGCGUUUUUCCGCGUAAAUUAUGCGUGUGACCCGUUUUUAAUAUAUUUAAUAUAUCUCUGGUAUUAUUACUCAUUUAAUCCUCAACUUAUAUCGAUUAUCCUCUUCUCGUCACGAGGACCAAUAGAUUGCCUUGUUUAUAAAUAAAUAUUAUGGGACAUUAUUACACAAAUUGACUAAGUCCCACAGUAAGCAAUUACACAGUCCCACAGUGAGAAAUGUUUAUGAAUCAUAAAUUUAUGGUGGGUUACUUUAAUGCCCUCUUUAUCUGCUAUUACAAACUUUCAGUAGCUAAGCUAUACUUUAUACGAUAACUGGAAGGUGCUAGACCUGUUACAGGAGUCAUUUAUUUUCGCAAAUUACUUCCCACAUGUUCUGCGUCGAACUAGUCAAAAUUAAACGAGUGACGGCCACUGAACGCCAUGUUCUAAUGGAGCAGCUUAUUACAUUCUUAUUUAUAGUUGAGUUCUUAUUUGAAUAAAUAUAUUUGUAAUAUUCUAAAA